AUGCAUAUUAAAUACCAAUUGAUAUUCUAAAAAGUCAAUUACUUUAACAAUCCAUAAUUUCACCCUGAAAUAUUUGAGUUGUUAUUAAAAAGUGACAUUUAUCCAAGAAAUCUAAAUAUUUCAUUAGAAGAGUUUAAUAUUGCAUCAACAUUAUUAAGUAGAGCAGAUCAAUUAGGUUUAGUAAAUAAUUGGAUAAAGGAUGCAAAAGAUUCUAUUAAUCUUAAGAAAUUAAUACCAUUCUUUUUUAACAUCAUAAAAAGAGGAGAAUCAUCUAAAAAUUUCUUAUCAAUUGUUAACUAGUAAUUAAUGAGUAGCAAAGAAUUGCAAGAAAAAUAUGGAUAUUUUAAUUAAAAGUCAAUUUUUUAAAUAUUCUAUACUAAUGCUAAUUAUGAAUUAAAGAUUAUACUUCUUAAACUAAUUAGUAAAUCAUAUCCAAUUCCUUUAUUAUAUAAAACUCCCUCCAAAAAAAAAAAAAAAGAUUUAAACAAAUUAACAUUUAAUAAGAAUACAUUUUAUGUUUUCUAAGAGAACUUUCCAAUUAUAAAUUUAAGUUUAGAUCCUGAACAACAAAGAAUAGGGAAAACAGAAUUAAUUAACAAAAUUUCCUUUUAAUAAAAGAAAUUUGAAAUUUUGGACAGUAACUAAUUGAAUAAUUAAACAAUUGAUAUUAUGUAUGAUUUUGAAUUUAGUGGAUCAAGAAAUCUAUCAGUAGCUGAUGCUCAUAAUUUUAUUCCUUUUGAAACUUUAGAUGAUAUUUGCGAAUGUUUAGAUUAUGGAUUAUUUAAUUAAAUACUGAAAAAGAAAUUGAAAUGA